UUGUUUUUUUUAAUUGAUUUCUUGAUCAAGAAGCAAUUGCUUUAACAGGCAAUAACCAUGGCAUCCGAGUUGCAACAAGAUUCAGUCAUAGCUGGAGGAAACAAGACUAUUCUUUGUAUCGAUACCUCCAAAAUCAACAUUGAAUCGAGGAGUAUCUGGCUACAUGGUAGCCCUCUCAACAGCGCUACGUCUCUACUCUUGUUUCAGCUCUCUGGCAUUUCCACAGUCUCACUGCUAAUCGAUGUUUGCCUCAGGCCUUUAGGGCAAUCAACCUUAGUUUCACAGAUUUUUGGUGGAAUGAUAUUUGGCCCGUCCUUUCUUGGCUACAACAGAGAUGUAAGAGAGAUCCUUUUCCCGAUGAGAAGCACCAUGAUAAUGAGCACAUUUGCAGGAUUUGGCAUAAUGUUCUACCUCUUCGUAACCGGAGUAAAGAUGGACCCUGUCCUCAUGGUGCGGCCAGGACGAAAGGCUGCAGUCAUAGGUGCUGCAAGUCUCUUUGUUACGCUGGUUUUUUCCGUUGCCCUUGCUUUGGUCUUGAAGAAUUUUAUCACUCUGAGCUCCAACCUCCAGAACUCGAUAAUGCUCAUAGCAUCAUCACAGGCUUUAACAGGUUUUCCUGGAAUUGCUACCCUGCUGGAUGAACUCAAGAUUCUCAACACUGAUCUUGGCCGGCUAGCCGUCACUUCGGCAAUGUUUUGCGAUUUAAUUGGCAUGUCUAUGGUUGGAAUUAUUUUCUCAUUGCAACAAAGUACCUCCAGCGAUAUCUUUGGUUGUGUUCCACCAAUAUUGUCUAUAGUUGCAUUAGUUGUCUCCAUAUUUGUUAUUCUUAGACCAAGAUUAGUAAAGAUGUAUUACCAAACACUGGAAACAAAAUCUGUUGAUGAGAACAGCAUAGGAUUCAUUUUCCUUUUAGUCAUGGUAGCUGCAUUUCUGAGUGAGGUGAUUGGCCAGCAUUACAUCAUCGGACCAUUAAUUUUAGGUCUGGCUGUGCCUGAUGGACCGCCCUUGGGAUCAGCUAUAUCAUCAAGGCUAGAUACUCUUUCGAAAGCAUUUCUCUAUCCUGCUUACAGCGCACUCAGCGGGAUGCAAACCGACAUCUUUGCCAUCGACUUUCAAUCUUUUUAUGUUGUGGGGAUCAUCGUUGCCUUUGCUUUCGUGAUCAAGCUAAUAGCAGUGAUGCUGUCGGCUCUCUUUUUCGGUCUGUCCCUCAGAGAAGCUUUUGUGCUUGGACUCAUUCUAAAUGCAAGGGGCAUUGUUGAACUCACUUCGUACAACCUCUGGAAGGAGAGCGAGCUGAUCGAGGACAAAGAAUUUGCCUUAGUCAUGAUGUCAUUGGUGAUCGUGACGGUAGUCAUAACCCCAAUGAUAAGAAAGUUGUAUGAUCCUUCAAAGCAAUACGCUUCCGUAAAGAGAAGUACCAUCCAUCAUGCGAAGCGUGAUUCAGAGUUUCGAAUCGUGGUUUGCCUCCACAGCCAUGAAAGUGUCCCGACAAUUAUGAACCUUCUUGAAGUAUCCCAUGCCAGCAGAGAGAGUCCCGUUGCCGUCACAGCUAUGGUCCUUGUUGAACUCGUGGGGAGAUCCAUCCCUAUCCUUCUACCAAACCAUAGCCGAAGGUUGGUACCAACAAACUCAUCCACAGCAGGCCGAGUAUGCAAUGCCUUUAGUCAGUACGAGGAGGACAAUCAAGGCUGCGCCAGCGUUCAAUCAUACACCUCAAUCUCACACUUUCAGACAAUGCACGAUGACAUCUGUCGUAUAGCGUUUGAGAAGCGUGCCCACAUUGUCAUCGUGCCUUUUCACAAGCAAUGGGCUAUAGAUGGCAAGAUUGGGUCCAUGAGCCGUCCCAUACAAAACCUGAACAUUAAUGUCCUGGAAAAGGCGCCAUGUUCAGUUGGAAUCCUUAUUGACAGGGGAGUCUUAAAUGGAUUCGUUUCAGUUCGAACUUCAUCAAAAUUCCAGGUCGCUGUUCUCUUCAUUGGUGGCCCUGAUGACAUGGAGUCACUAGCUUAUGGCUGUCGAAUGGUGAAACAUGAAAGUGUUAAUCUAACUGUCAUUCGUUUCCUUCUCUUUGGAGGCGAAAACUCCAAAGACAGGAAGAAUGACAGCCAACUGAUCAAUGAACAUCGCCAAGAUAACAUGGGAAAUGAACGUUUCUUGUAUGUAGAAGAGGUGUUAAGGGAUGGGGAAGGGCUAUCUUCAUAUAUCCGUGGAGCCAUAGCACAUUUUCAUUUGAUCUUAGUAGGGAGAUACCAUCCGCAAUCACCACUUCUCGAAGGACUUGGGGAGUGGAGCGAGUGCCCGGAGCUUGGGAUUGUCGGUGAUAUGCUUGCUUCACCAGAUUAUAAAACCACCACGACGGUGUUAGUGAUUCAACAACAAAGACUAGGAGGUAAGUUGUUCAACCAUAAUCUGCCAUUUGUGGUGCGGAACAGGGAUUCAUCAGUUGUCCCUGAUGAUUUGCCAAAGAAAUUGCUUCAUCAUGGCCCCGGGGAUGAUUCAUUUUCCAUAUCAUUAGACGACUUUGAUACGUAUUAGAUAGGUUUUUUUACAUGAAAAACAUAUGACUGGUUCUUUCCUCCCCUUGUCCUGAUGUAGGGCACUUUGGUUGGAAACCAACUUCAAGCGAUAGCUAAGUAGGACAGUUUAGCAUUUCAUAUAUUCUUCAA